GUGACUUGUGAGGAAGAUGCCUUUCAUGCUGUGAAGCAGUGGUAUGAAUACGAUGCUUCUGGGCGGCAACAAAAACUUCCAGAUUUAAUCAGUAGCUUACGCUUGACCCUUUUUGACACAAAGUUCUUAUUGAGAAAUGUCCAAACACUUCCUGGAUGUGAGCCAUUGGCAUUCAAGGCAAUAUCGUGGAUUUCGCUUCCUUCAGACCGUGCAAUGAUAUCGAUAAAGUACACAGAACCUCGCAGAAGUAUAUGCAAAAUGUCGGCAGAGACAACUUUGCUUGCGGUGCAAGCUUAUGAUCUUAAAGGCACAAUUUUUCAAUAUAACCAAACUGGGGAUGAAUGGCAAAAAUACGCUCAAGUAGAACAUGAUGCAGCCGCAUACGGCAUGGUUGUUAUGGAAGACAAUAUUAUUUACAUUGGUGGUGCAAGAAAUGGUGAAAUAAUUAACGGUGUUAAAAGCUGGAGCUUAAAAAACGAAAAAGUGGAGGACAUUGCCUUCAAUGAUUCUGUCAAGACGUUGGCCAAGUGUUGUACUAUUAAAUGGAAAUGUAUACGCGAUUGGUGGAGAUAACUCAGAUCGACAAUAUACAAAGUCUGUGGAAAAGUAUUCCCCCGGUAGCGAAUGGACAUUAGUUAGCAGUAUGAUAACACCACGAAGCCAGGCAGGCGCAGUGGCGUUUAAUGACAAAAUAUUCGUUAUGGGAGGCAUCACUGAAAAAUGCGAAUUAAAAUCUGUUGAAUGUUACGACCCAUCUUUGAAUACUUGGACACAGUGCGGGGAUAUGAAUGAAGCUCAUAAUUUUCCCGGGGUAGCUGCACACAAAGGAUGCAUAUAUGUUUUAGGUGGAUGUGAGGAAAAUAAAAUUGUAGAGCGUUAUGAGCCUCAAAGUAACAAUUGGACAAAGGUGAGCUAUUUGCACAUUGGACGUGGAUGCAUGGGUUGUGUUUUGAAAGAUGACCAACUUUGGGUUGUCGGAGGCGACCAAAAUGAAAAGAUGAAAUAUUGCGUAUCAGUUUACUAUCCAGAAUGUAAUAAAUGGGUCAGAAAGAAGUCAGUACCUGAAGCUGGUCGAUAUAGCUGUUAUGUUGUGCCCAAAGUUCUACUUCAAAGUGAAUGAAAAAUAUGAAAAUUUAAGAAGUAUUUAGCUGCAUAGUUGUAGACUUUCUAGGGAAAAUUUUGCUGAAGAAAUUCAUAUUUUGGCGCAAAUGUGCAGACAAGGGGGAGGAGACUAUAGGUGCAUUCUUCUACAACCGAGCUACAAAAGGACACUCGCUUAAAUGACGAAAUACACGUAAAGCAACAAUACAAACUCUGCUAUUUAUCCAAAUUCAGCCAAGAGUAGUGUUGUUAAGAGAAAAAACUGCUCUAUUGUGAAUUGUUAAUGGGAAAGUGGAGAGGGAAAUUUUUGUU